UUCUUUAGGUCGGUGUGGGGUUUCUAUGAAUUGGUCCUUGUCUCGUCAAUUCAGAAUUUGCUUGUUAAAUUUGAAGAUUCAACGUUCGAGAAGUGUUCUUUAUUUUCAUUUUUAGUCUCUGGAAUUGGCUUUUGAGUUCUUACUGUUUGUUGGGUUUUGCAUUUUGGGUUGUGCUCUGCUCAUUUUUGUUGAGGAGAAAGUGGGGUUUGGAUUUGGGGAUUUUUUGUUACUUUGUUUUUCACGCUUAGUAAGAAGCUAAUAGAUAUAGCUUUCACAUCUUAUAAGUGAUUUAUUACUUCUUAAAGGGUUUGAAAACACGCUAUAUAGCAUCUGGAGUUGGUUUUGUAUAGUUCUUGUUGUUCGUUGCAGUUUUUUUUUUUGUUGUUAAGGAGAUAAGUGGAGUUAGGGAUUUUGGUUGUAUUUAUUGUUAUUGUUUUGGAAUUUUAGAGAAUUGAGUUGAUGGGUGGUAGCAAUUCUAAGGAGGAUAAUUGGAGGCAGAAUUCAUCUGGGCGUUCGGCUCCCUCUUCAUCUUCUUGGAGUGCAUAUCCUGACCCCCACGCGGGUUAUGGUCAGGGGGGUUAUGCCUAUGAGCCGCAGCAGCCUUAUCCUACACAGCAGCACUAUUAUUCCGCUCCUCCUCCUCCGCCUCAAAACUAUGGCUAUGAACCUCAGCCUCACGACAGUGGCAGAGUGGCCGGCCACAGAAAUGAGAAGAGGUUAGACAGGAAGUACUCAAGAAUCGCGGAUAAUUACAAUUCCAUAGAUGAGGUGACUGAGGCUCUUGCACGUGCAGGCCUUGAGUCUUCAAAUCUUAUUCUUGGUAUUGAUUUCACUAAGAGCAAUGAGUGGACAGGAAAGCAUUCAUAUAACAGAAAAAGUUUGCAUCACAUUGGGAAUGAUCCAAAUCCCUAUGAACAAGCAAUAUCAAUUAUUGGGAAAACCUUGGCUGCAUUUGAUGAGGAUAACUUGAUUCCUUGUUUUGGAUUUGGGGAUGCAUCAACACAUGAUCAAGAUGUCUUCAGCUUCUAUCCAGAUGAACGAUUUUGCAAUGGAUUUGAAGAAGUGUUGGGCCGGUAUAGGGAAAUUGUUCCUAAUAUUCGACUAGCAGGACCCACCUCAUUUGCACCUAUUGUUGAAAUGGCCAUGACAAUCGUUGAGCAGAGUGGAGGCCAGUACCAUGUUUUGGUGAUAGUUGCAGAUGGCCAGGUAACAAGGAGUAUUGACACUGAACAUGGGAGACUAAGUCCACAGGAGCAGAAGACUGUGAAUGCCAUUGUUGAGGCCAGUAAAUUUCCUCUUUCAAUCAUAUUGGUUGGUGUUGGAGAUGGUCCUUGGGACAUGAUGAAGGAGUUUGAUGACAAUAUCCCAUCUCGGGCCUUUGAUAAUUUUCAGUUUGUGAAUUUCACAGAAAUUAUGUCAAAGAACAUUCCUCCUUCUCGAAAAGAGGCAGCAUUUGCUCUUGCAGCACUGAUGGAAAUUCCUUCUCAGUAUAAAGCAGCUAUCGAGCUUAACCUCCUUGGACGAAAUGCCAAUGCUCCUCAAAGGGUCGCCCUCCCAACACCAUCAUAUGGUUCAGCAUCUAUGGGCGCUUCAAAACCUUUUGCUUCAGCAUCAUUUAGCACUUCAAAACCUUAUGAUUCAGCAUCUUAUGGUGCCUCAAAACCUUAUGGUUCAGUAUCUUUUGGUGCCUCAAAACCUUCUCAUGCUGCUAGCAUUGAGCAGAGUUCUCCUUAUUAUGACAACAGCGACCUAGUUGGCACAGCUCCUCCUGCCCCAACUUCCACAUAUGACAAUCAGCUUUGCCCCAUAUGUUUGAGCAAUUCUAAAGACAUGGCCUUCGGAUGUGGGCAUCAGACAUGUUGCGAGUGUGGACAAGAUCUUCAGUCGUGUCCCAUCUGUAGGAGCCCCAUCAACACCAGAAUUAAGCUUUACUAGACGGCUUCUUCCAUUGGGUUGGGAAGUAAUUGUUUUGUGGUGUAAGCUAAAAUUCUUUAAUUUUUUUAAUUGUUUCUGGUUGUAUACAACGUUAAAUCAGUUGUUUCUAUUUAUGACAAGUGGUACUAUAAAAAAAAAUCCAAAACCAAUUAAAAUUAAUUGAUUUUAAUUGGUUUGGAUCUGUAAAAAAUUUCUUCAUAUCCGAACUGUAACAGGUUGGUUUGGUUUGGU